AUGUCCGACCCUCGACCCCGCAACGACACGCAGCUCUCCCAGGGCCUUCCAGGACUCACGCACCACAUAACCGGACACGAUGCCUCCGGGCUCGCGAUCGUGGAAUCCGACCGGCCCGCCGCCUGGACGCCGAGGAUCAACGACACGAUGGCCUUCGACGUCGUCUACACCACCUCCACCUUCCCACCCAACAUGAACGGCAACGCCGACCUCACCGCCCACGACAAGAUCAUCCAGUCGGACCAGCUGGGGCUGGUGAAUCCCAACGGCACCGUGGCGCGGAUGGUCGAUUUCGGACCCGGCACUGAGGCCCUGAUGCACCGGACGCAAUCGCUCGACUAUGGGAUAGUGAUUGAGGGAGAGGUGGAGAUGAUACUUGACGAUGGGGUGAAGAGGAUCAUGGGGAGAGGCGAUGUGGCGGUGCAGAGGGGGACGAACCAUGGGUGGAGGAACGUGUCGAGUACAGAGUGGGCGCGGAUGUUCUUUGUGCUCCAGGACGCGCAGAAGAUCAAGAUUGGGGACAAGGAGUUGGGGGCGGACUUCAGUAAUGCGGGGAGUGAUACUGAGGGCCUGGCUGGGGGACAGGAUGUGGGGAGCAAACUUUGA